AAAAGAAAAGUGACUGAAGGAAACAGAACGUUUAAUGAUACGUGGACAGAUUCAUUUGCUUUCACUGUUGACGAGACUGGUUUACCGGUAUGCUUAAUAUGCAAUGAGAAACCAGCAAACAACAAAAAGUCAAAUGUCGCAAGGCAUUUCCAGAAUAAACACGCAGCCUUUUCUCAAAAAUAUCCGGAUGGAGAUGAGAGAAAAAAAGCCGUUUCGGAACUGAUGCGGAAGGUUGAUCUGAGCAAAAAUCAUUUCCAGAAAUGGAUGAAGUCUGGAAAAUCAAUGACAUACGCCAGUUAUAUUGCCGCUCAGGAAAUAGUCAGGCACGGGAAGCAGUUUACAGAUGGUGAAUAUAUAAAAGAAUCUUUCAUUAAGAUUUCAGAACAUCUAUUCACGGACUUUAAAAACAAGAGUGAAAUUGUGCAGAAAAUCAGGGAUAUGCCCCUCUCUGCAAAGACUGUCAAAGACAGAACCAUAAAAAUGGCAGAAGACAUCACAAGACAGCAAAUUAAAGACAUCAAUUCAGCUGUGGCCUACUCGAUUGCCUGUGACGAGUCUAAAGACAAAGGUGAUAUUGAACAAAUAGCGUUGUUCUGCCGGUAUGUAAACUCUGCCGGGCCACAGGAAGAACUGAUUGAGUUGAUACCUCUAAAAGACCAAACACGGGGGGAGGACAUCUGUGAGGCUGUCUUGAAUUGUUUAAGAGCCAAAGGAAUAAAGACCACCCAUCUGGUGUCAGUAGCUACUGAUGGGGCACCGAAUAUGACGGGAACGCACAAGGGAUUUGUGGCUUUACUGCAGAAGUCGCUGGACAGAAAGCUGCUGACUUUUCACUGCAUCUUGCACCAAGAGGCACUGUGCGCUCAAACAUUUCCUCCGGAAUGCACAGAAGUAAUGGAUGUUGUCAUUCAGAUUGUCAAUAAAAUAAUGGCAAAAAGUUUAAAUCACCGUCAAUUCCGUUUGUUACUGGACGAGCUGGAAAGCGCAUAUUCUGAUCUCCUGCUGCACAACAAAGUCCGGUGGCUGUCCAAAGGGGAGGUGCUGAAACGCUUUGUCGCGUGUCUGGAAGAAGUGAAAACUUUCCUGGGCAGCAAAGGGAUCACCUUUCCUGAGCUGGAACAGCCAGAGUGGCUGGAAAAGCUACACUUCAUGGUAGACAUGACAGCGCACCUGAACACGCUGAACACAGCUCUUCAGGGGAAAGGACGCACAGCCCUGCACAUGUUGGAGGAUGUUUUGGCAUUCGAGCGCAAGUUGACAGUGCUUGCCAGAGAUUUACAGAAAGGCACUUUGUCUCAUUUCCCCAAUUUGAGAGAGUUCAAACAAGGUCACGACAUGAUAAUUUCGGAGUAUUUACAUUCUGCAAUCAUCGCAAUGCAAACAUCGUUUGGGAAACGCUUCUGUGAGUUCAGAGAGGAAAAAAACACAUUAUCCUUCCCGGUCACUCCCUUAAGCAUCGAUCCUUCCCUACUGAAUACAACUGCAUUGGCAGGUGUGAGUCAACCUGAUCUUGAGAUGGAACUGGCCGACAUAGCCGACAAAGACAUAUGGGUGUCCAAGUUUAGACGCUUGACAGCAGACCUUGAAGAUGUUGCCCGUCAGAAGGCCGUUCUUGCUCAGAAUCACAAAUGGAGUGAUAUUGAAAACCUUCCAAAACCGGACAAACUUGUGUUCGAAACAUGGAAUGCUAUGCCCGACAUUUAUGUAAACAUGAAAAAGUAUGCGCUUGGAGUCCUGUCGAUCUUUGGAUCCACAUAUGUAUGUGAGCAGGUGUUCUCCAACAUGAACUUUAUUAAAAACAAACAUCGCGCACGCCUCACAGAUGACAGCUUGCGAUCCUGUGUAAAGAUGAAGGUGACGUCAUACAGCCCUGAUGUGCAGACGCUAUGCGCUGAGGUCCAGGAGCAGAAAUCCCAUUAACCAAGCUGACAGCUGGCUGAUGUUAUUUUUGGUUUGCUGCUGGCGGAAAAUUUAAGUUCGGCGUUUUUCAUAAAUACAAGAAGGACUCAAAUAGACAUUGAGUAUUUUACUUAAAAGUAACUUUCAACCCAACGUCUUUUUUUCGGAGUUCAAAAUGUUUUUGUUGCAUGCAGAAAUGUAAUUUCGUUUUCUCUGCAGGAGUUCAUCAAUUUCAUAAAUGCAACACAUUAUAGUUUGUUUAUACAUAGCAUAAAGGCAAAAAAAACGUUGUAUGCAGUGUUAUUUCAUUUUAAAUGUCAAACGGGUUUUGCGGCUCCCAGUGUUU